AUGUGGUUUUUAGAGAAAUAUAUAUUAUUACAAUUCAAAAAAAUUUAUUUUAUUCUCAUGUUUUUUUUUAAAGAAAAUUUUAUUGCAAUAAUAUUUUGCAAAAUAUUAUUUAUUAUCCAUUAUUAUAUUACAACAACGGUAAAUAAGUAUGUUCCAGAACCUUAUAUGGAUGAAAUCUUUCAUAUGGAUCAAAAUCGUCGAUACUGUAAUGGUAACUUUACAUGGAAUAAUAAAAUAACAACACCACCAGCAAUGUAUUUAUUAUCUUAUAAGUUUUUUUGCUACAAUGAACGUUACUUUAAUACAUUUUUAUAUCCAUUGACAUUUUUGGCUUUACUUAAAUUCAGAAGACGUUAUUUUAAAACUAUUGAAAGUAUAUUUUUGUCAUAUUUAAAUGUUAUAUGUGUAAUAAUAUUACCAGUAUUUUUUCAGUCAACAACUUUAUAUUAUACUGAUCAACUUUCUCUUAUUUCUAUAGUUUUAGCAUUCAAUUCUAAUCCAUAUCUUGCUACAUUUUUUUUUACUAUUGCUAUUUUGACUAGGCAAACCAAUGUUGUUAUAUGUUUACUUUAUUUAGGCAUAUUAUUUGUAAAAAUUAUUGAUAUUAAAAAUCCAAUAUCUUCUUUAUUAAAAUUUUUGAAAAAAGCUUUUCUUCAAAUAAUUUUGAUUUUAUUAUGUAUAUUAUUUGUUAUUUUUUAUAAUAAUGGAAAAAUUGUUUUAGGUGAUCAUUCUGCUCAUAAACCAAUUUUACAUUUUCCACAAAUUUUUUAUUUUAUGACAUUUUGUUCUGUAUCAACAUUACCAUUUUUUAUUUUUUCAAUUAAAAAAAAUAUUAAAUUAAUGUACAAAAAUUCUUUACUUUCAAUCAUUUUAUUAUUUAUUAUUAAUAUUUUAAUUUAUAAAUAUACAUAUGCCCAUCCAUAUUUACUUGCUGACAAUCGCCAUUUCACAUUUUAUAUAUGGCGGAGAAUUAUAAAUUAUCAUCCAUAUAUAAAAUAUGUCAUAUCACCAUUUUAUCUUCUCUCUUUUUAUUAUAUAAUUAAUACUUUAAAAAAAAGAAUUUAUCCAAUAAUAAUAUUAGGAGGUUUUAUUUCAUUGGCAUUAUGUAUUGUUCCAGCCGGUUUAUUAGAGUUUCGUUAUUUUAUUGUACAUUUUGCGUUAUGGAGAUUAUCAAUACAUUAUAACUCAAAAAUUUCUUUAAUAGGAGAACUUUUAAUAUCAUUAAUAAUUAAUUAUAUUGUAAUGUAUUUAUUUUUAUUAAAACCUUUUAUUUGGUCUUCUGAACCAAAUAAUUUACAACGUUUUAUGUGGUGA